GCUUGAGAACAUGCAGAAAAGCUUUCGACAAGUAUACAUGCUUGCACCAGCCAGCUAUGGACAUGCCCUGACUGCAGAAAUGGCAUCCAGGCACCCCACCGUGCCUGUGAUGACGUUCAGCGACAAUGAGGACGCGGUAGGAGCCAGCGUGCGGCUGGUGGAUGCGCUGGCGGGGGGAGGCGAGGGAGAGAUGAGCACGGCGGAGGUUGAUGAGCAGCGGCUAGCUGCAGUUGUGGGCGACGCAGCCAUCGUCGCCACCAUGCAGGCAGCUGAGAUGGCAACUGGCGAUGUGAUGGCUGGCUUCGGUGACGUUGGUAACGAGGGG